CACAGAGAGGUUGGAAAACCGAGAGAGGGUUCCAUUUUUAACAAGAGAACAAUCGUGGGGUUGCUUCUUCUUUUUUCGUUCUUCUUUCUCACCCUGCGUUUGGAGAGAGAGGGUAGAGGGUAGAGAGAGAGAGAGAAUGGGGAGAGGGAGGGUGGAGCUGAAGAGGAUCGAGAACAAGAUCAACAGGCAAGUGACGUUCGCGAAGAGGAGGAAUGGGCUGCUCAAGAAAGCCUACGAGCUCUCCGUGCUUUGCGACGCCGAGGUUGCUCUCAUCAUCUUCUCCCAUAGAGGAAAGCUGUACGAGUUCUGCAGCAGCUCAAGCAGCAUGCUCAAAACCUUGGAGAGGUAUCAGAAAUGCAACUAUGGAGCACCAGAGCCUAGCAUCUCUACCCGUGAAGCACAACUGGAGUUAAGCAGUCAGCAGGAAUAUCUGAAACUUAAAGCGCGCUAUGAAGCCCUACAGCGGACGCAAAGGAAUCUUCUUGGGGAAGAAUUAGGCCCUCUGAGCAGCAAAGAACUGGAGUCCCUGGAAAGGCAGCUCGAUUCUUCCUUGAAGCAGAUUCGAUCCACCCGUACACAGUAUAUGCUGGAUCAGCUCACUGAUCUUCAACGCAAGGAGCAGCACCUGAACGAAGCGAAUCGGACCUUGAAGCAGCGGCUAAUGGAAGGUUACCAGGCAACUGCACUGCAAAUGAAUCCGGGCGCUGCGGAGGAAAUGGUUUAUGGUGGUCGGCACUUGGCUCCACCACAUCAUGGACAUGGUGAUGCCUUCUUCCAUCCCUUAGACUGUGAACCCACCUUGCAAAUUGGAUACCCACCAGAUCCUUCUGCAUCCGUAGUCACAGCAGGUCCAAGUUCAAGUAGUUACAUGCCGGGAUGGUUGCCAUGACGGCGGAAGCUCGUUUUGCUUAUAUAUAAGCAUCCUCGAUUUGCAUCUUCUGACAUCCCAUGAAAAAGAACAUUAUGCGACGAUAAAGCUAUGCAAUUAUGGUGACGAACUUGAGAAUACUCGGAAAUAAUUAAUCCAUAGUAUGAUUCUGUGUGUUUGUUCACGAAUUGAUUGUCGCCCUUAUGAA